CCUUGUGGUUCGGUGUACAUUUCCCCACACGCAAGACAGUGAAAUUUGUUUUUUUUUUUUACUUCGUUUUUCUCAUGAAUAUCUAAAUUUGCAGAGAGGAUCUUCAUAUAAUUUGGGUCCAUGCCGGUAUUGGUACUAUCGAAGAAGUGCUAUGUUUUUAGUAGGUGCUAUCGGAAUUGAAACGUCAGCCGACUGUUUCCAACCCCAUGAAGCGGGAUUAUUGAAAAGCGAAAUCCCGCUCCGGUGCUAGCUGGGCUGCUUAGCAACGUGGCUGUUAAAACGACGCUAUGCUAAAAAGACGCCGGCUAAUCUAACUACUCGUGGUUUCAAAGUUACGUUAAGAUAGUAUGGUAGCUUUACCAAAAGGACGUCCUGUCGUCUUUUCGGCGUUGUUUUCCCUAAUAUUAUAAAUGGAUAUUGUCCUUAAUUUAGAUUUAGGAGAUUUAAUAAUUUUACUUUCUAAGGUACCGGUUUUGUUGGUUACAUAUUUCAUCGUGUAAUAACGUUAACUAAUACAUUUUUGCCUUUCUGGUUGCGGAAACAUUUUUUUCUUCUACAUAGGCAGAUAAUCACUUUGAAAAUACGGAUAACCGAAAAUAACUAGCUAGCCAUUAAGUGUUUUCUUUAGUUUAUUUACCAGAGCAGCCCAUUGCUAAAAUGCCUCCCAAAAAACACAAAGAUACAAAGGUAAACGUGUCAAGCUCGCUGGAGUCCGAAGACUUUAGUUUGGAAACGACGGUUCCGACCGAAGACGUUUCAUCCUCGGAGGAGAGAGAAGGAGCGCAGAAGGUCACCAGGCAGCUGAUCGAGAGGAAGGAGCUGCUCCACAAUGUGCAGCUGCUGAAAAUCGAGCUGUCACAGAAAAACCUUGUGAUUGAUAACCUCAAGGUAGAUCACCUCACCAAGAUUGAAGAGUUAGAAGAGCAGCUGAAUGAUGCCCUUCAUCAGAAACAGCUUCUCUCACUGCGACUUGACAGCCAACUUAAACUUCAACAGGAAGAGACCAGAAAACAGCAGGCUUUAAGGAAACAGGAGAUGGACACUAUUCUGUUGCGACAAAAGCAGCUGGAGGAGACCAACAGACAGCUUAGUGAAAAAGCGGGAGAUAUACGGCGAAGUUUGAGAGAAUUGGAACUGACCGAGGAAAAGUACAAUGAACUCAAGGAGCUUCCGGAGGAGAAGUUGUCCAUUUCGGAAUACGUAUCUGUACGAUUCUAUGAAGCUGUGACCCCAUUGAGGGCUCAAAUAAAGGAACUUCAUCUCAGAAAGAAUGGCCUUUCGGAAGACCUAGAUAGCCAUAGAGCUCAGCUAAAGUCCCUAAUGGAGAGCUAUGAAGAAGAAAGGAGAAUUCGUUCUGACCUGGAGAUCAGGUGUCAGCGGCUCACUUUAGAGCUGGCGGACACCAAGCAACUGAUUCACGAAGGGGACUUCAAGCGAGAGAACUACAGCAAAGUGAAACGUGAAAGGGAUGCCUUUGAGACUGAAAUGACUGAUCUCAGGAGGCGACUGGAAACAAUUGAAGUGGUACAUAGUGCACAGACUAAGGAAAGGGAUCACUUGAACAAAGAGGUGGCUAAUCUGCAGCAGUCAGUCACCCUUCUACAGAAAGACAAGGAAUACCUGAACCGUCAGAACACGGAGCUGAGCGUCCGCUGUGCGCAUGAGGAGGACCGUCUGGAAAGGCUGCAGUCCCAGCUGGAGGAGAGCAAGAAGGCCCGGGAGGAGACCUAUGAGAAAUAUGUGGCAUCAAGAGAUCAUUACAAGACCGAGUAUGAGAACAAGCUCCGCGCUGAGCUAGAGCAGAUUCGACUCAGAACAAAUCAGGAAAUCGACAGUCUCCAAAUAACAUCGAGAGAGAUAUACGAGCGUGAAAACAGAAACCUCCGUGAGGCAAGAGACAAUGCAUCCGUGGAAAAGGACAGAGCUGUCGCCGCAGAAAAAGAAGCCUUGGAUAAAUAUGACAAAAUCUUGGAACAGUUCAGACAGCUUCAGCUCGGCACAGACAGCAGGGUGGCUGAGUUGCUCAGUCAAGUGAAACUGAAGUCCUUUGAAGUGGAGCGCACUCAGAUGGUGCAGGAGGAAACGGCCAAGAAUCUCAGUCAGUGCCAAAUGGAAUGUGAGAAGCAGCAGAAGAAGCUGGAGGUCUUGACUAAAGAAUUUUACCACCUUCAGAUGUCCUCAGAGAAACGGAUUACUGAGCUACAGGCUCAAAUCUCGGAACAUCGGGCACGCCUAGAAACGUACGAAAAGCUAGAGAAGGAGCUUGAUGAUGUCACCAUGCAGGCGGCUGAAAUGGAAAAUGAAGAUGAUGCAGAAAGAGUUCUUUUUUCGUAUGGUUAUGGUGCAAAUGUGCCAACAACAGCCAAAAGGCGAUUAAAGCAGUGUGUUCACCUGGCAAGGAGGUUGCUGCAACUAGAGAAACAGAACACCUUGCUGAGAAGGGAUCUGGAGAGACAGUCUGCUCAUGUUGGCCAGAUGGCUGAAGAGGUUGAAGCAGCCAAUCAGCUCCUCCAGAAAGCUCAGCAGCCUCAAAGCUACCUAAUUGAUACAAUUCGUCAGAGAGAUGCCCAAAUCAUUGCACAGAAAGAGCGAAUCUCUGAGUUGGAGGACACUGUCAGAACACUGAAAAGAGAGAAGACAGCCCUGCUGCAGGUAAAGAACAACAUGGCUGCAGAUCUCGAGCGGCUUCUGAAUCACAGAGAGGAAUUGUCUGUCAUGAAGCAGGUUCUUAUCCGGAUGCAUUCGAGGCAGACUGGUAAUAUCUUGCCACCUCAGCUUAACGUCACACCUGAAUCUUCAGCUUAUAAGUCUAAAGGUCCGAUGAAACGUGCGGAGGAUGAGAUUUAUGACGAACCCAAACCAAAACCAACAGUGUUUACAAAGAAAGAACCCCCUGAAUGGUACAGACAACUGAAGCACCAGUCUAAAUGACAGACUAACUUCAUUCAGCAGGAUUCGAUAAUUUUCCUGAUUUGUAUGAAUCAAAGUACAUUUGGGGAGGAUUUUUCUCUUUUAAUUAACUUGCUCUAAUUUCAUUUCUUGCUGUAUUUUGCACAUUCUCUUAAGUUAUGUUGUAAGGCUAAUGUACUCCCCCGGGUUUAUAUAUGAUGUGAGCAUUAUUUUGGUUUAUGGACUAGCGAUUUCUCGAUCAACUCAACCUGUCUAACCUGUUAUGUCUAUUAAAGCCAUUCACAUGGCUAUGGGAAAUUAUACUUUUUCAGAAGCCCAGAGUUGUCUUACUGCUGUGUCACACUGUACAUUUCCCUUUAUUAAAAUAGUUUAUACAUGACAUUGAAUAAAAUAGCUUUGAAAUGGCAUAA